AUGAUGCCAUCUCAGAGAAAGUUGUGUGAUGCUCAAGGUAUAAAUUUCGAUGUAGCUGAUGAUACUGGUAUAUCACUUAAUGCAUCACAUGAUCUUAUUAGUGCCUUAGCAAGGUGGAAGGAAAUUGUAGGGUUUACGCAGGAGGACCAAAAAACGUACUUGCGUGCAAAAAGGCAACGAAACUUGCAAUAUGGUGAAGCAGGAAGUUUGUUGAGAUAUUUCCAGCAACAAGCCAUUGAAAAUCCAUAUUUUUACUUUGCAUUUCAGUUGGAAGUUGAUGAGAUGAUUACUAACAUUUUUUGGGCUGAUCAUCAAAUGAUUACAGAUUAUGGCAUUUUCGGUGAUGUUGUGUCACACAACAUUCCGAACAAACACAGAGUACCGUCCACUUGCUUUAUUUAUUGGCUUUAA